CCCAGCUCGAACAGCACGUCUCCGCUUCCCCAAGUCGCUCCUCUCAACUGCUCUCCCUACAUAGCAAGCACAGAGGAAGUCUCGCGUUGUUGGACUUUUCUCUCUACCUCCCCUCCCCUCUAUCUCAUUUCUCUCUCACUCUCUCUUUUCUGAGCGUAUGAGAGACUCGGUGACUGUAUCUCCUCCCGAACCAAACUCGAAACGCUGCAGUCAUUGAAAACAGGCGAUACAUUCCUGCUCAACAACAUGGCUACUAUCGUUACCUCGACCCGGUUUACAGACGAAUACCAGCUAUACGAAGAACUCGGGAAGGGUGCAUUCUCCGUGGUUCGCAGAUGUGUGAAGAAAUCUACCGGCCAGGAAUAUGCAGCUAAGAUUAUCAACACUAAAAAACUUUCGGCAAGAGAUCACCAGAAGCUGGAUCGAGAGGCGCGAAUCUGCCGUCUCCUGAAGCACCCCAACAUCGUGCGACUCCACGACAGCAUCUCUGAAGAGGGAUUUCAUUACCUCCUCUUCGACCUUGUGACUGGGGGCGAGCUGUUUGAGGAUAUCGUUGCCAGGGAGUACUACAGCGAGGCGGAUGCAAGCCAGUGUAUUAACCAGAUCCUGGAGAGUGUCAAUCACAUCCACCAGCAUGACAUCGUGCACAGGGACCUCAAGCCUGAGAACCUGCUCCUGGCCAGCAAGAUGAAGGGUGCGGCGGUGAAGCUCGCUGAUUUCGGACUGGCCAUCGAGGUGCAGGGAGAGCAGCAGGCCUGGUUUGGUUUCGCAGGCACCCCUGGCUACCUCUCCCCCGAGGUCCUUCGGAAGGACCCCUACGGCAAGCCGGUGGAUAUCUGGGCGUGCGGUGUGGUCCUGUACAUUCUGCUGGUGGGCUACCCUCCCUUCUGGGAUGAAGAUCAGCAUAAACUGUACCAGCAGAUCAAGGCAGGAGCCUACGAUUUCCCCUCUCCGGAGUGGGACACAGUGACGCCUGAGGCCAAGAACCUCAUCAACCAGAUGCUGACCAUCAACCCAGCCAAGAGGAUCACUGCUGACCAGGCCCUGAAGCACCCCUGGGUCUGCCAACGCUCCACCGUGGCAUCCAUGAUGCACCGCCAGGAGACUGUAGAGUGUCUGCGCAAGUUCAACGCACGAAGGAAACUCAAGGGAGCGAUCCUUACCACCAUGCUGGUCUCAAGAAACUUUUCAGUUGGCAGGCAGAGUACCAGCCCUGCCGCCGCCACCACCAGCACUGCGGCGCUGGCAGAGCAAGCUGCAAAAAGCUUACUAAACAAAAAAUCAGAGGGCGUGAAGCCACAGACAAACAACACUAAAAACAGUACAGUAAGCAGCAGCAAAGACAGCAGCAUUUCAUCUUCAGCACCAAUGGAGCCACAGACCACUGUUGUGCACAACCCAGCUGAUGGCAUCAAGGGAUCCACGGAGAGCUGCAACACAACAGAAGAGGAAGACAUGAAAGUGUCUGUCUGUGGCACUAGCAACGACAGUGCGGUGGUGAGCCAGUGCAGUGCCAUGACUGAGGACCUGACAGUGCAGGUGGGAUCCCCUCAGUGUCCACCAGCCACUGGCCUGCUGCAUGAAGUAAAACGCAUUGCUUGGAACAGUUCAGGACAGGUCUCUGAUUUAGAGCAUGCUUAUUCCAUAGCCUCCUCCUCCACGCCCUUAGGUGGCAGCACCGUGCAGCAGUCUCGCAAGCAGGAGAUAAUCAAGAUCACAGAGCAGCUGAUUGAAGCGAUCAACAACGGAGACUUUGAGGCCUACACGAGAAUCUGUGACCCCGGGCUAACCUCAUUCGAACCCGAGGCUCUUGGAAACCUGGUGGAGGGGAUGGAUUUCCACAAGUUCUACUUCGAACACUUGUUGAGUAAGAACAGCAAGCCGGUCCACACCACCAUCCUGAACCCUCACGUUCACCUGAUCGGAGAGGACGCGGCCUGCAUUGCGUAUAUCCGGCUGACGCAGUACAUCGACACCCAGGGCCGGCCACGCAGCAGCCAGUCCGAGGAGACGCGCGUGUGGCACCGUCGCGAUGCCAAGUGGCUCAACGUGCACUUCCACUGCUCUGGGGCCCCAGCUGCUCCACUACAGUGAACUCUGUGAGCACGGCUCGCUUGGAUUCCAAAGCUGAAUGGAGCGUUUCUUCUCCGUGGUCGGAUUUGCGCCGGGGAGCCCGGACGGAGGAGACCUCUCGAAGUUUAAUAAAAUUACAAAAAACAACAAACAAGUCCAACCCUAGCUAGACGUUCCGAGCGCGCCCGCCGCCGCGGUCCUGCUCUCGGGAUGGUGCAUGCUUCUGACGCCCACACGGCGGCUGCUGUUUUCUUGUCGUUUUCCAUGGAUCCAUCUUUUUUGCCCGUUUAUGCUGUCCAGAAGGUGUUUUAAACAAAAUUAAAAAAAAAAAUACAUAUAAAAAAAAAAAAAAAAAUUACAAAAAAUACAAAAAAAUUAUAUAUAAGAAAGCGUAACAGUCAGAGUCGGUGAUUGCAUUGAAACGCAAAAAAAAAAUGAUCGCACACACCCUAGUUUAGUGGGCGCACCUUGCGUUUCUUUUGACAUGAAAUAAGUCAACAGAGCAAGAAGGGAAGGGGGGAUUGAACUAGAAUGAAUAUAUAUAUAUAUAUAUAUAUAUAUAUAUAUAUAUAUAUAUAUAUAUAUAUAUAUAUAUAUACAUACAUACAUAAAUACAUUUAAAGCACCAAAGUGUAGACUUCUGGCAUAAAUGAAAUUGUUUUAGUGUUGGUUUUGUUUUUUGGGAGAGGGGGUUGGUGGAAGGGCAUGGAUUUUAGUAUUCUGUUGUGUUCUUGUUGAACUCUUGAUUUUUACUCUCAAUGAAGCGAAGUUCACGAGAACCUGGAUUUGAAAAGUGUUUUGUUUUUUAAAGUGAAUGAAGUAAAUAGAGGGUUGUUUGUUUUGUUUUUGUUUUUCACAGUGAAAAUGAAUUUCACUUCCGAGUUUUGGGGCAGGGGUUCGGUGUGUGCUUCCUCACCCCCAAAAACCAGGCCCCUUUGGCUGCUUGGUUUGCUGGAAUUUGAAAUUUCGAAUAAAAGUUCAAAUAAUGCACAAACAAGGCAUCUCCAGCUGGCUAUGCAGGAGAGACUGGCUCUCUGUUUUCAUCUGCACGUCCGGCUUCACAAACAUUAGAAUCGCUUUAUCUGAAGUUGUGGAACAUGUACAGUAAAUGUCAAUAUUCAAAAGCAGUACAGCACACCAGUUUCAGAGGAUAGGCCUCCAAGAGAGAGGCAAAACUGAGAUAAUUAGGUGACGUUAAACACUGCAAAGUGUAUUUUCAUCUCUUUGUCUCCUCAAAAUUUAUGCCACGUCCCACUGCGUUCGAAACAAAUUAGUUUUAUAACAACUCCAACCACUAGGUCUGUCGCCCUCUCUCCCUCCCAGCCCCUCCGUCUAACUGUCCAACCACUAGACCUCACACCCGCCAUCACUCACUGUCCCUCAUCUUUUAACAACUAGGCAACGUAGAAUCCUAAACUCUGUCCUUGAGCUAUAACCAUAAAAACAUACUGCUUCCCUCCCAGUCCCUCAGCUUUAACUACCGGGCUGCACUGCCUUGAAAAUCUUGAGACUGGUCUGAUGUACCUUUUUUGAAUAUUAAAACCUGGCUUCCACAACCUCAGUUCAAUACGUUCUGCGCUGUUUUCUCACAGGCCUGCACUGCGCAUUAAGGAAAAGCAGGACUCCACCUGUAAUGCACAGUCAUUUCCGGUCCAUACCCUAUUUGGGCACAAAAACCAUAAUCAUGUUUCAAACCAUACAUUGAUCUUUUCAUUUUCUAGCAGCUGAAGUGACAUGAGGUUAGUCUUGCUUGUCACCAACUGUUUACAUGGUAUUAGCUUCUUUCACUUAAUAAUAUGACUGUCCCGGGUCACCUGGCUGCUUAAAUGAAUAACAUUAUUUUAGUGGAAGGAUUAAGCAAAGCGAACCAGUGCUCUGGGAAACCUUGGCAAAUUUCAAAUCGCAUGAAUCAAAAUGAAACAGUGUUUUGAAUUUUGAGGGUGUCUCUGCCCCCCUGAUUCUGUCAGGAGCGUCCCAGGGUGGAGGGGCAGGGGAGAGCAGUGGAGGCUCCAGUGAAGAGCUGGUCUUGGUGAUGGCUAUCCUGGGCAAUUGAAGUAGCACUGCUUGUUCUAAUUAUUAUUCAUAUUCAUGUUAGUAGUAGGCCUAGUAAAAUGAUGAUGAUUAUUUUAAUGUAAAUAAAAUUGUAGUCAUGUGGUAGGUGUUGGCGCUUCGUUUUAAGCUCACACCCAGACUCUCCGAGUUUCAGGAAAGGGAGAGCGAGGCAAAGAUUUCAGCAUCCGAGUUCUCCCGUUCUUGAUACAUCAUAAGGCUAUGAAGACCCCUUUAGCAGAGCAUAGAUAUGCCGAAAUCCCAAUUCAGUUUAGGACCCAGUCUUAGAAUCAACCAUUAUUCUUAUUAUAAUUACUAUUACAGUAUAAUAGUCAGUGCGUCUGACUUUGCGAUUCCAUAAUCUUGUCUUCAGAGUUUGCUCUGGAGUCAGGUCUUGGAAGAAAUUCCAAACAAAGUCUGAUAGUAUAGAAAUGGGAAGUGAAGCUGACGGUUAUGCCCAUAAUCAAAGCUCCUUUUUAAACAUAUCUGUAUAUAUCUCUAUGUGAAGAGGUUUAAUUUGUAUGAAUUGUAAACGUUGGGCUAAACCCUAUUCACAAAGGAGGGAGCAUGACAACAUACUCCAGCAUGCUAUGCCAUAUACAUCAUGACAUUAAUGAGCAGAGGAUUCUGAUUUCAGAGCAGUAACAAUGGUAUCAAAUUCCCAUUGGAUCAAAACAAAAAAUAAUGUAAAGGGGACAUAUCCUCUUUUUGUGCUCAGAAUUACUAUAUUUCAUGUGUACUACACCAUAGUGCUAUGUAACAUACUGUGAUGCUACUGUAAGCACCAUGCACCGUUGGGCUAUGUAACAUAUCAACACCAUGUCACUGUGUCACAUACAUACACCAUGAUGCUAUUGUAUGUGUUAAAUACUGUAUAAUAUGGGAUGUUUUGUUUGGGGCUGGCUGAUUGUGUGUGUGUGUGUGUGUGUGUGUAUAGCCAGGGAUCUUCAGUAUAAGAUUGCAAUCCACAACACAGUUUACUAGGGGGGUGGGGGUUAAGAGACACUAAAUGAUGUUCAGUCUACCCACGAUGGCACAAAAAAAAAAAAAAAAAUAGCUGGAAGGGAAAGCCUUGUCAUCUUAUCAGAAAAACAACAAACAUUUUAAAAAAACAAACCAAAACUCCAUAAAAUGUACAAACUAUAUAUGCAGUUUUACAAAAGAAGUUAUGCAUGUGUACUUUCUGGUAAAUAUUUUUCACCAUCUGUGUUUUACUUGAUGAAAAGUUCAAAUCUCUAUGAAAUGUUAGUUGCAUCUUUAAGGUAAAUGAAAACUGCUCCGUCUCAGAUAUAAAUAAGUGAUGUAACAUUUAAAAAAUGUAACAGAAGCCUCAGCUUGAUCUGUUCCCAUCCUUACUAGUAUGUGUACUGCAUUGUAACUGCAUAAUAUGGGGCUAAAUAUAAAUAUACUCUGAGUUUGAAAUGAAGCAUUGGAUGCAGGAUUUUGCAUGAACAUGAAAUUAAUAAACCAUGAACUUCAAACUAUCCAGUGUUUGUUUGAAUGUUAGUAGAUCUUCAUCAUAGCUUUGUUAUUAUUGAAACUUGAUCUGAAAGUAUUUAAUAAAAACCACAUUUCAAACAGCG